CCAUCGGCGCCCCCUGCGCCCCCGGAGUCCUCAGUGCGCCCCGCGCCCCCCACGCGCCCUGGGGAAAGUUCUUACUCGUCAAUUUCACACGUAAUUUACAAUAACCACCCGGAUUCCUCCGCGUCGCCUAGGAAACGGCCAGGCGAAGCUACUGCCGCCUCCUCGGAGAUCAAAGCCCUGCAGCAGACCCGGAGGCUCCUGGCGAACGCCAGGGAGCGGACGCGGGUACACACCAUCAGCGCAGCCUUCGAGGCGCUCAGGAAGCAGGUGCCGUGCUACUCGUAUGGGCAGAAGCUGUCCAAGCUGGCCAUCCUGAGGAUCGCCUGUAACUACAUCCUGUCCCUGGCGCGGCUGGCCGACCUGGACUACAGCGCCGACCACAGCAACCUUAGCUUCUCCGAGUGCGUGCAGCGCUGCACCCGCACCCUGCAGGCCGAGGGCCGCGCCAAGAAGCGCAAGGAGUGACCAGCUACGGGCUAGUCCAAGGACGCUGUUGUGGGCCCUCUUUCCAGUCAAGCUUGAGGAGAAGGUGAGCUUACCAAGUCCAGCCUCGUCUUCCUCUCUCAGAUGCCACCGGAUGCUCAGACCACUGCCUCUCAGGACAGGAGCUUGCCUGCCCCCCCCCCCCGCCCCGUCUCCUCUCCCUCCCUCCGCAGCCACUCCACGGUGACUUUGCACUUUGCUGUCUGCCUGGUGAGGUGGGGAGAGCAAAGCCUUCUCCUCCCCUGGGCCUGAGGCCCACCGUCCGGCUGCAGAAAUUCAUUGCCAAAGAUUCGACAGAGACACUGAACGAAAUGGGGUGAGAAGACCCCGCAGUGAAAAGCCACACUGUUGCUCUGUGGCCUUUGCUCCUCCUGCUGCCCGGGUCCCAUCUCAUGCCAAAGAUGAGUCGGCAAUUCCACGAGGAACUCAUGGAAGGGAUGGAUGUUUGGUGACCAUUGGAAGCCCUUGACCCUCUGACCCUGAACUCUUUCUACACUGGGCCCUGAGCCGACUGGACCCAAGAUAAGCCUUCUGGGGGCUGUGGGAGGGAGGCUGGGGGUGCCUGUGGGGCGUGGGAUCUGAGAUCCCGGUCCCUCUCUCCCUCCCACUGGCUGUCAGGCCUCUGACCCUGAUUCUCCAUGUUCCCUGGGCCCAGGCUCCUUCUUGGGCCCUGAGCAUCAUGGGAAGGGAGUGAGGGUAGGGGUGAGGGAGAAGCAAUAUUGACCAUCUGUACCCCACCCCAGGGACUUGCCCCAAGGUGACCUGCCUAAGGGUCUUGGCUCCCCCACCGGCCUAGCCAGCCACUGCUUGCCAGGGGCCUACCGUUCUGGCUGGGCACACAAGAUGGCGCCCUGCCCGGGGCCAGUGGUCUGUGACCGGUUGUGCCGGGGGGCAGAGGGGAGGAAGGGACCAGGGGAGUGGGCCAGUAUGUGGGGAGGAGGGCAUGUUCGGAGUCAAGGCCUAUUCCUUCCUUGUGCUCAAAAGGCCAAAGCUGUUCACAUCUGUGCUCAACCAUCUGCUUCAAAUUGAAGUAAAAGCCCCAACAUGUAAAGAAAA